UACUGCGUGGCUAUCACAUAUAUACAGUGCUGCGGCUGGGGCAGUGUUAGCAGCGUGUCACCAUGUGGUAGCCGCCCCGGAGUACAGUGACUGGCAGCAGCAAUCAGGGCAGGAAGCAGCUGAGGGUAGUAACACAUGAUGAUGAUGAUGAUGAGUGCUGCGGCUUCCCCUGACACCAUGCUGCAGCCAUGUGCGGAGCUGCUGGGAGCAGAGCCUGCACUCCGUGUCAUGCAGCAGCCACCCCUGCUCUGUCUCCAUAAGGGCCUGUGACUCUCCGCCUGUCUGUCAGCCGCCUGUAGGGAACGCACAUCCCAGUAAUCCCUGUGCUGUACAGGAGCUGCCAUGUGCUGCCCCCCCUUCCCUGACACACAACUACUUACACCUGGGUUACAGCAAGGUACCUAUGGUAUGUGCCUGUGAGCAGCCAUUGCUGCAUGUGUGCGGUAUAGCUGCUGUCCCUGUCCAUUAUAAAUGUACAAUGUAAUGCCACAGGACGUGACUGCUGGCAGCGCCACACGCUGGCAUGAGGCUGGUACUAGCACCAAGGGGUUAACAGCGUCCACCACCCGGGUAAAAGUUUUCCCCCAAGCUGCAGCAUACUUGUCUUUCCCUGUGUGCGGCGUGGAGGAGGCGCUGAAUCCCCCCCUAGCAACAGGAGACAGGGGAGAGAGGCAGCUGUCAGAAGAGAAAGAAUUAGACAGAGAGAGAGUCAGGAGCCGCCUCUGCAGCAGCAGUGUAAUGAUCACACGUCUGUGUCUGGGAGAGAGAGAGAAUAACAGGAAGCGGCAGCGGCUCAGUGACUGAGCUCCCCCUGCAGCCCAUGCAGCACAGUCUGUCUGUCUGGGAGCCAGAGAAAAGGGGGGAAUCCAGGAGGGCUCUUCAUGUCUCCUCCCCCUGUGUCUGACAGGCACUGUGCUGCUGCUGGGAGGGUGUGAGUGAGGGAGAGAGCGCAGGUCCUUCUUAUUACACACCAUUACUCACUACUAGUGCUGCAGGCAGAGAUUACACUCCGGACACCUACCUCUCUCUCCUAUAGCUGCGGGCUGAGCGGUGUCAGGGCAGGCGGGCACCGGCACACUACAGGGGGGGGGGAGAGGAAACUUUCACACAGCCAGGGAGCGAGCACAAGUGCAAAGUGAACAAAGCCCCAACUCAGUGCGCUGAGGACAUCCCAGGACACGGUGCGUCUGGCUGUCUCCCUGCUGCUGGGGGAGUCGUAUACUUGAGCCGCUGUGACAGGACGCCGAGCUGAGGAUGAAGGCUAAGAAAGGUUUAGUUCCUCUAUCAGGCAGUGAGACUGAGGAUGAUGAUGGUAUGGAUAUUCCACUGGACCUCUCCUCCACUGCUGGCUCAGGGAAAAGAAGGAGGCGUGGAAACCUACCUAAAGAGUCAGUCCAAAUAUUGCGAGACUGGCUAUAUGAACAUCGUUACAAUGCGUACCCCUCUGAACAAGAGAAAGCUCUCCUGUCUCGGCAAACGCACCUCUCCACACUACAAGUUUGUAACUGGUUCAUCAAUGCACGACGCAGGCUUUUGCCCGAUAUGUUAAGAAAAGACGGAAAGGACCCUAAUCAGUUCACUAUUUCACGAAAGGGAGCCAAAAUCACUGACGUGAUCCAGAUGGAUUCUCCAACAGGGGCAAAGCCCUAUAUUCCCACUAUAGACGAAAACUCCUUUCAUUUCAGUACAACGGGAUCUAACCAGAACUCAGGGAAGUUACUGGCCUCUCAACUGUCUUCUCAGCAAUCUCUCCUGGCUCGCCCCUCCGUGAUCUGUCAUACCACUGUAACAUCACUAAAUGAUGCUCCUUUCAACUUCACCCAUGUGUUGAAUGCUGGACAAAUCCCAGGCCAGCAGCAGUCCGAGGCAAACAUCCUAACAGAUACCUCGCUUGUAUGCCACGAAGACACUAUUAAGCCAGGACAAAAUACAACUGCACAGAGCGGACUUUUCAACACUCCUCCACCUACCCCACCGGAUCACAAUCAGGAUUUCAGUGGCUUCCAGUUGUUGGUCGAUGUUGCUCUCAAACAAGCUGCAGAAAUGGAACUGCAGUCAAAACUGAUGUCCUAACUUUUCUCAACGUGUCAAAAGUGUUUUGAACAUUUCUUUUGAACUGCCCAGGUUAUCAGACAGUUUGCAUUAUUUGAUACCUUUUUUUUUUUUUUUUUUUAUUCGUGUUAUUUGCACACGGGAUUGUCAAAGUGAAGCUUUCUUGACACAGAGGUCUUACCCCUUUCAACUUAGGACUGGUUCUUUUUGUUACUUUUUUUUUUAUUGGCCCUUAUAAAUAUAAACUGUGAUUACAGCUUUUGACUUUUGUGAGGUUCUCCAUUGCCAUCUAAGGAUAUUAUGUUCAGAAAGUUGCCAUUGGCUCAUUCAACUUUUUUUUUUUUUUUUUUUAAUGUAACUUAACACAACUCAGGGGUGAAGGAGAACUGAAAACGUGUUUGUGUAAUUGUAUAUAUUAUAUGAUUACACCUACAUAAUGACUAUACUGUAUAUUUCAUUCCAAUGUUUCUAAAGAUGGAGCUACUGUAGAAACAACAUGCUUUACGUUUCUUGGUAGAUUUUGCUGAAAUGUGAGAAAUUUCCCAAGAUUGUGACUUUUUUUAUUAUCAUUUUUGGUACCUUUCAAACUGUGCAAUAUUUAGAAAGAAACAUACCUUUUUUAUCAUUCCAGAGCAGCAGAAAGUGCUCGCAUACUGUCUACCACAUUUUUUUUUUUCAUCCAAUAUAUAAUAAAAUAUUUUGUUUAAUGUAAGAUUGUGUGUUUUUGUUACCUGGGAAUGCCGUUAGAAUACCAUGUAACUGGAUACCAUUCCCAUCUGGAAUAUUAACUGCUAUGUAAAGAUUUUGUUUCUUUGACAUGUAUUAUUUUUUUGUAUGUUUUUUUUGUAAUAUAGAAAAUAACAAAUCAAA